AUGAGCAGUGCCCCUUGCAUGAGCAGCAUCCCUGGCAUGAGCAGUGUCCCUGGCAUGAGCAGUGACCCUGGCAUGAGCAGUGUCCCUGGCAUGAGCAGUGUCUAUAGCAUGAGCAGUGUCCCUGGCAUGAGCAGUGUUCCUGGCAUGAGCAGUGUCCCUGGCAUGAGCAGUGUCCCUGGCAUGAGCAGUGUCCCUGGCAUGAGCAGUGUCCCUGGCAUGAGCAGUGUUCCUGGCAUGAACAGUGUCCCUGGCAUGAGCAGUGGCCAUGGCAUGAACAGUGUCCCUGGCAUGAGCAGUGGCCAUGGCAUGAGCAGUGACCCUGGCAUGAGCAGUGGCCAUGGCAUGAGCAGUGACCCUGGCAUGAGCAGUGUCCCUAGCAUGAGCAGUGUUCCUGGCAUGAGCAGUGUUCCUGGCAUGAGCAGUGACCCUGGCAUGAGCGGUGUCCCUGGCAUGAGCAGUGUCUCUGGCAUGAGCAGUGACCCUGGCAUGAGCAGUGUCUCUGGCAUGAGCAGUGUCUCUGGCAUGAGCAGUGACCCUGACAUGAGCAGUGUCCCUGGUAUGAGCAGUGUUUCUGGCAUGAGCAGUGUCCAUGGCAUGAGCAGUGACCCUGGCAUGAGCAGUGUCUCUGGCAUGAGCAGUGACCCUGACAUGAGCGGUGAUCCUGGCAUGAGCAGUGUCUCUGGCAUGAGCAGUGACCCUGGCAUGAGCGGUGACCCUGGCAUGAGCAGUGUCUCUGGCAUGAGCAGUGUCCCUGGCAUGAGCAGUGACCCUGACAUGAGCAGUGACCCUGACAUGAGCAGUGUCUCUGGCAUGAGCGGUGACCCUGGCAUGAGCAGUGUCUCUGGCAUGAGCAGUGACCCUGACAUGAGCAGUGACCCUGGCAUGAGCAGUGACCCUGGCAUGAGCGGUGACCCUGGCAUGAGCAGUGUCUCUGGCAUGAGCGGUGACCCUAGCAUGAGCAGUGACCCUGGCAUGAGCAGUGUCUCUGGCAUGAGCAGUGACCCUGGCAUGAGCAGUGUCUCUGGCAUGAGCAGUGACUUUGGCAUGAACAGUGACCCUGGCAUGAGCAGUGUUCCUGGCAUGAGCAGUGUCCCUGACAUGAUCAGUGUCCCUGACAUGAGCAGUGACCCUGACAUGAGCAGUGACUUUGGCAUGACCAGUGUCUCUGGCAUGAGCAGUGACCCUGGCAUGAGCAGUGUCUCUGGCAUGAGCAGUGACCCUGACAUGAGCGGUGACCCUGGCAUGAGCAGUGUCUCUGGCAUGAGCAGUGACCCUGGCAUGAGCGGUGACCCUGGCAUGAGCAGUGUCUCUGGCAUGAGCAGUGUCCCUGGCAUGAGCAGUGACCCUGACAUGAGCAGUGACCCUGACAUGAGCAGUGUCUCUGGCAUGAGCGGUGACCCUGGCAUGAGCAGUGUCUCUGGCAUGAGCAGUGACCCUGACAUGAGCAGUGACCCUGGCAUGAGCAGUGACCCUGGCAUGAGCGGUGACCCAGGCAUGAGCAGUGUCUCUGGCAUGAGCGGUGACCCUAGCAUGAGCAGUGACCCUGGCAUGAGCAGUGUCUCUGGCAUGAGUGGUGACCCUGGCAUGAGCAGUGUCUCUGGCAUGAGCAGUGACCCUGGCAUGAGCGGUGACCCUGGCAUGAGCAGUGACCCUGGCAUGAGCAGAGCCCCUGGCAUGAGCAGUAACCCUGGCAUGAGCAGUGUUCCUGGCCUGAUAUUAUGUUGUUGUAGGUCGAGUGCGUAUGUCCCUUCCGUACAACCAACCCAAACCCGUAGAGUGCUUGUACUUUGA